GGGACUCAAAUUACUAUGCGCGUGAACAGGCGUAAAAAUGGCUGCGCUCUUCCGUGGUUCCGACAGCGAUUCCGACGAUGUUGGUGAGCUUAAAUUAAAUGAAGACUAUGCCAACAACUACAACAGGUGGAGAGAGAAAGAAGAACUUCAGAAAUUGAAGGACAAAUAUGGCGAGGACGUCACCUUGGAUUGCUCUUCGAGUUCAUCGGAAUCAGAGGAUGAGGAUGCAGAGGAACUCACGCCGGCCCUCGAGAAAAGGUUCUUGGAGACCCUCAGUGCUCUUAAAAGUAAAGACCCAAAGAUCUACGACAAGGGCACAGUGUUUUUCGAGCCUAAAGGAGAUGCAGAUGAAGGUGAGCCAAGUAAGGAAAAGCAAAAGGAGAAGCCCAUGUUCCUGAAGGACUACGAAAGAAAACUGAUUGUUGAGAAGCAAGGCGUAUUGUCAGAUGAUGAAGACGACGACGCAGGACAUGCUGCUUCAUCAGCACGACACAAGCAGGCCCAUUUUGCCACUGCUGCCGAGGAAGAGCAGUUGAAAAGGAGCUUCAAGGUAGCCCUUGCAGACUUCGAUGACGAUGAGGAGGAUGACGGGUCACUGCUGCGGACAGCGAAGCACAGUAAGGCGCUACAGGCUGAAGCGGAUGAGGAAUACAAGAAGUGGCUGAAAGGGGAGGUGGACAAGAUUCAUCAGAGAAAAGAUGCCGAGAAAUUGGGCUAUCUCCACGACUACUGGAACAGCAGCAACUUGGACAAGGCUGAGGAUUUCCUCCGGGACUACAUUCUCAACAAACGCUAUCUGGAGAGGAGCAGGUUGCCGGCAGCCAAGCUCGACGAUGAAGAGGAUCUGAGUGCAGACGAAGCAACUCUUCAGGAACAGGAAGUGUUUGAGCACAAGUUCAACUACCGCUUUGAAGAGCCAGAUUCUGAAUUUAUCAAGAAGUACCCCAGAACAAUGCAGGAUUCCAUGCGGCGGAAGGAUGAUCGGCGAAAAGUCAAAAGACAGGAAGUGAAGGAAAGAAAACUACAGGAGAAAGAGCAAAAGAAGGAAGAAAUCAAUCGGUUAAAGGCACUGAAGAAAAAAGAAAUCCUCGAGAAACUUCAGAAGCUCAAGGAGGUCACGGGAAAUGACCAGCUCGGCUUUGCGGAUGCCGAUAUUGAGGGAGACUUUGACCCUCAGGAGUAUGACCGACGCAUGAAUGCGAUAUUUAACAGUGAGUACUAUGAGCAAGAUGCUGAAGAGUUGAAGCCAGAAGACCCCUUGGAUGAGGAAUUAGGAUUGGAAGACUGGGACCAGUGGCAAGGGGGCGAAGGCGAGGAGGGUAACGAGGAAGCUGGUGAAAAUGAAGGCUGGACAGAAAACUAUGAUGACGACUAUCCUGGCUAUGAGGGUGGCACUGGUGACUACCAAGAUGAUUCUGAAUUGACGGGUGAAAAGAAAGGCAAGCGUCGGAAGAAGUCUCAUUUUGCCAAGGUUGUCAGCAGGAAAAAGCCGGUGUUUGAUCCAUCCAGCAAGUCAUUUGAGGAAUACUUCGAUGAGUACUACAAGUUGGACUUUGAGGACAUCGUUGGUGGAAUGCCCACUCGUUUUCGGUACCGCUCUGUUGUCCCCAAUGACUUUGGCUUGACUACAGAAGAGAUUCUUUCAGCAAAAGACAAAGAGCUGAAUCGAUGGUGUUCUGUGAAGAAAACCUGCCAGCACAGGACUGAAAAUGAAGAGAUGCAGGAUCUGCACACAUUCCAGAGGCGAGCCACCAAUGAUGCGCUGAAGCGAAAGAUCUUCCCCAGCUUGUACACAGAACCUGCUGAGACAAGUGAAACAACACCGUCUGAGGAACCGAGCAAAAAGAGGAGACGAAAGAAAAAGAAAUCUGCACUCGUCAAUGGAAGUGCUGAGAGUACAGAGCAUGUCAAACCCUCGGACACUACAUCGGCAGCAGUUACUCUUGACACUUCUAAUUAUGAUGUGACUGCAGCAAGCAAAAAGAAUCGCAAGAGGAAGACAUCCACUCAGACUGAAUCUUCUUCGGUUGGCAACAAUGACUCGCAGCAUGCAAAUAUUGCUGUCAAUGAUGCUUCUGAACCUUCAAAGAAAUUCAAGUCUAACGACCAGAAUACAUCUGCUGAGCUCAGCCAAGGCUCCAUAACAUCUAGGAAGUUGAAUAUUGGAGACAUAGCAAGCAAGGAUGCUGAAAUGUCUGCAAGCAAAAAGAAAAGGAAAAAGAAGCCAAAGGGUGCAAAACAGUCAAUGCCAUUUCAGCAAAAGACCCAAGUUCCAGCCCUGAAGGUGUCGGACAGCAGGCUAAAAGCCUACGGCCUGAACCCCAAGAAGCUGAAGAAGCAGUUGAUAUACGGCAAGAGAAAGGACAAUUCUUGAUAAAGCCCUUUGGGGAAGAGUCAACAGGCAGCCUUCACGUUGAGAGGCAAUGCCGAAGGACUUGAUUUUAAUGUUGGUUAUAAAAACUGUAAAUACCUCUUACAA